AUGGGUGUUGGAAUUUCUGUGCUUAUAGGCCUAACAUUAGCUGCUAACCCUUCAAUUGAUCUUCCAAUUCUUUUGGGGGAAAACUCAGAUGGGACAUUUCCAAUUUGGUCACUUUUUAUGUUUAGUCCUUACUUGUAUUUUGUUAGGGGCUUUUCAGCUUUGAGAAGAAUGAAGAGUGGGGAACCUCCAUAUAGUGAGAUUUCUGAAGGGUUUGGUUGGCCUUGUUCACUUGAUAAAUUGCCACCUGGUAAUCCUGCUAUUAUUGAUUGUACUUGUGAGAUGCCUAGGAUGUUGGAGUUUACUGGAAAUCAUGCAUUUUUGUGUAUUCCUACUUGGGAUACAAGGUCACCUCAGCCAGCUGAUAUAGAGGCUGCUGUUAAGUGGGCUUGUAGAAAAAGAGCUCAGAAGAUACCUCUUUUCAUCCAUUGUGCAUAUGGCUUUAGUUAA